UGAACACAACAUGACUGAACACCAGGUUCCUGAACACAACAUGACUGAACACCAGGUUCCUGAACACAAUACGACUGAACACCAGGUUCCUGAACACAACAUGACUGAAAACCAUGUUCCUGAACACAAUACGACUGAACACCAGGUUCCUGAACACAAUACGCCUGAACACCAGGUUCCUGAACACAACACACCUGAACACCAGGUUCCUGAACACAUUACUGAACACCAGGUUCCUGAACACAACACGCCUGAACACAACAUGAUGGAACAUCAUGUUCCUGAACAUAACAUUAGUGAACACCACGUUCCUGAACACAACACACCUGAACACAACAUGACUGAACAUCAGGUUCCUGAACAUAACAUUAGUGAACACCAGGUUCCUGAACACAACACACCUGAACACAACAUGACUGAACAUCAGGUUCCUGAACAUAACAUUAGUGAACAUCAGGUUCCUGAACAAAACACGCCUGAACACAACAUCACUGAACAUCAGCUUCCUGAACACCAGGUGCCUGAACACAACAUGACGGAACAUCAGGUUCCUGAACAUAACAUUAGUGAACACCAGGUGCCUGAACACAACACGCCUGAACACAACAU